AUGUAUCUAUCUCCUGUCUACUGUGAUCUCACCCUGCAAAUUAGACUGUUUGCCUGGGGAGGAAGAGGGAUAGUUCACACCCAGCAAGGCUGUUCCAGCACUGAUCUGGCACUAAUAUCAACUAACCCCCCCAGUGAUAAAGAGAAACCAAGGGCUGCAGCAGAAAGAGUUGGAGUUUGGUGGCAGGCAGGUUGUGCAUGUGCAAAUCCCAGCUCAAAUAUUAAGUUUAAACCCUCAGCCUCAGUUGACUCAUCCCAGCAUCACUUUAUGAAGCUGCGGGUGUUGGAGGUUAUCAGGUAG